AUGGCGGAUAUAUAUAGUCUGCAUACAGAAGAUGAAACUGGAUCAUCAAUAGAUGAAUUCGAUACUAAAAAAUAUAUGGAUAAAGAUGAGGAUAAAGAUGUUAUAUCUUUAGAUCCAAAGGGUUUAGAAAAAAUUUAUUCAAAACAAAAUGGUACUUUAUCUCGUAUGACUACAAGAGAGGUUCAAGAUAAUGAUUCUAGUGAUAGUUUGGAUAUUGAUAGUUUUAAAGAAAAUAAUAGCAAUCAGAGUAUAAAUACACCGCCUUAUACUCUAUUAAAUUAUAGUCAAAAAUGGUGUAUGGUUGCUAUAUUGACUAUGUGUGGGUUUUGGUCUUCCUUGGCAUCACCAAUUUAUUAUCCUGCUUUAAAACAAUUAGAAAAGGAAUUUAAUUUAAAUGAAGAUAAAGUUAAUGUUACGGUUGUUGUAUAUUUGUUAUUUCAAGGUAUUGCACCAACUUUUUCAGGUGGAUUAGCUGAUGUUUAUGGGCGUAGACCCAUUAUAUUAGGUGGGAUGCUUAUAUAUGUCGUAGCAUCGAUUGGUUUAGCUAAUGCUCCUUCUUAUGGUGUUAUUUGUUUCUUAAGAAUUAUUCAAAGUAUUGGUAUAUCUCCAACUAUUGCAAUUAGUUCAGGUGUUGUUGGUGAUUAUACAUUAAAACAUGAAAGAGGUACUUUUGUUGGUGCAACAUCCGGGUUUGUCUUAAUUGGACAAGGGAUUGGUCCGUUAUUAGGUGCCGUUAUUGCCGCUAGAUGGGAUUGGAGAGCAAUCUUUUAUUUCUUGGCGAUUGGUUGUGGUGCUUCUUUUAUCUUCGGGUUUCUUUGCUUGCCUGAAACAAAAAGAACUUUGGUUGGUAAUCUUUCUAUUAAACCAAAACGUAUUUGGUCUAUUGCUCCAAUUACUCUUUUAUCAUCAGUACAAAAAAGAUUAAAAUAUGAUAAUCCAGAUUUGGAAACUUUGGAUAAAAAUGUACCUUCCUUAGAUCUAAUUGGAGCUCUUAAGAUUACAGCUCAACCUGAAAUUAUCUUAGCAUUAUUCCCAGCUGGUUUACAGUUUGCCAUGUGGACUCUAAUGUUAUCAUCUAUAUCAUCUGGUUUAAGUUCUGCUCCAUAUAAUUAUAGUUUACCAAUUAUUGGUGUUUGUUAUCUACCAGCUGGUAUUGGUGGAUUAUGUGGAUCUUUCUUAACCGGUAGAGUCAUCGAUUAUUAUUAUAAGAAAGCUGUUAAAAAAUUUGAACAAGAUAAAGCAGAAGGAAGAAUUUCACAAGAUGCAAAAUUUAAUACUUUUAAAGUUCGUUUAUUAUGUGUCUUACCACAAAAUUUCUUAGCGGUAAUAUCUUUCUUGUUAUUUGGCUGGAGUAUAGAUAAAGGUUGGAAAAUUCCAGCUGCAUUAAUUACAUCAUUUGUUAGUUCAUAUUGUGCAAUGAGUACUUUAUCAACAAUGACUACUCUUCUGGUUGAUUUAUAUCCUGGGAAAUCAUCUACAGCUAGUAGUUGUUUUAAUUUUGUUAGAUGUUCUUUAAGUUCCAUCUUUAUGGGUUGUUUUGCAGAUAUGAAACAAUCAAUGACUGUAGGUGGUACAUUUAGUUUCUUAAUUGCACUAUUAUUCUUAGCUAAUGGGUUAACUUUUAUCCCAAUUAUGUAUGGGACGCAAUGGAGAGAGAAAAGAAUGUUAAAAGAAGAAUUGAAAGCGCAAUUGAAAGCUGAGAAGGAGAUUGAAAAUGAAAAAUUAUAA